UUGAGGCCUAUCUUCGACAGCCUCCUGGGUGACUUGUAGUGGGUCCGCUGCUGGCCAUGAGGCCCACGCAGGUACAUUAAGAGCUUCAGCAGUCCAACUAGACUGCAGGGUAGCGUGUGGACAGUCUGUGUCCCGAGACCAGGGCCGGUGGGGCCAUACAGGGUGCAGACCUGCCGGGGGUAGGCUGCUGAAGAGUUCAGCAGGGUGUCAGAGACCAGGGACUCCAGGCAGAGAUGACAGCCUCCACAAAGGACUUCCAGAGCAUUCCCGCACAGGGUGUGGUUGGAUGGACAAAGAUAAAUGUUCUCGGCUGGACCGGGUUGGUGGCCUGAAUGUAUUAGCUUCGCUACAUCUGCCCAAGAGAAAUAAGAAUGUCUAAGCCCCUGGAGGCCGAGAAGCAAGGCCUGGACUCCCCAUCAGAGCACACAGACACUGAAAGAAAUGGACCAGACGCUAACCAUCAGAACCCCCAGAAUAAGACCUCCCCAUUCUCCGUGUCCCCAACGGGCCCCAGCACCAAGGUGGGCAUUCUCUCUGGCCUCCACUUAACAUUCUGGGGUCCCGGACCCUGCCUCUCUCCCCCCCAGAUCAAGGCUGAAGACCCCAGUGGCGACUCAGCCCCAGCGGCACCCCCGCCCCCCCAACCUGCUCAGCCACAUCUACCCCAGGCCCAGCUCAUGCUGACUGGCAGUCAGCUUGCCGGGCUCACGGCGCUGAUGCCUGCCCAGCAACAGCUCCUCCUGCAGCAAGCGCAGGCCCAGCUUCUGGCCGCCGCUGUGCAGCAGUCCAAUGCCGCCGCUGCCGCCGCCGUCGCCUCUUCCACCUCCUCCUCUUCCUCCUCUUCCUCCUCUUCUGCCUCCUCCUCGACCUCGCAGCCCCCAGCCUCCUCAGGGGGAGGCGACCUGCCACCAUCACAGCCUGCCAGCCAGCCCCCCGGGGCUCCCCAGCUCACCCUGUCCCAGCCCAUCCAGCUCACAGCACAGGACAUACAGCAGCUCCUCCAGCUCCAGCAGCUCGUGCUCGUGCCAGGUCAUCACCUCCAGCCACCUGCUCAGUUCCUGCUGCCGCAGGCCCAGCAGAGUCAGCCAGGCCUGCUACCGACGCCAAAUCUAUUCCAGCUACCUCAGCAAACCCAGGGAGCUCUUCUGACCUCCCAGCCCCGGGCCGGGCUGCCCCCACAGCCUCCCAAAUGCUUGGAGCCGCCAUCCCACCCCGAGGAGCCCAGUGACCUGGAGGAGCUGGAGCAGUUCGCCCGCACCUUCAAGCAACGCCGCAUCAAGCUGGGCUUCACGCAGGGUGACGUAGGCUUGGCUAUGGGCAAGCUCUACGGCAACGACUUCAGCCAGACGACCAUCUCCCGCUUCGAGGCCCUCAAUCUGAGCUUCAAGAACAUGUGCAAACUUAAGCCCCUCCUGGAGAAGUGGCUCAACGACGCAGAGACUAUGUCUGUGGACUCCAGCCUGCCCAGCCCCAACCAGCUGAGCAGCCCCAGCCUGGGUUUCGACGGGCUCCCGGGCCGGAGACGCAAAAAGAGGACCAGCAUCGAGACAAAUGUCCGCUUCGCCUUAGAGAAGAGUUUUCUAGCGAACCAGAAGCCUACCUCAGAGGAGAUCCUGCUGAUCGCCGAGCAGCUGCACAUGGAGAAGGAAGUGAUCCGCGUCUGGUUCUGUAACCGGCGCCAGAAGGAGAAACGCAUCAACCCCUGUAGCGCGGCCCCCAUGCUGCCCAGCCCCGGAAAGCCAGCCAGCUACAGCCCCCACCUGGUUACACCCCAAGGGGGUGCAGGGACCUUGCCGUUGUCCCAAGCUUCCAGCAGUCUGAGCACAACAGGUCAGGUUACUACCUUAUCCUCAGCUGUGGGGACGCUCCACCCCAGCCGGACAGCCGGAGGAGGUGGGGGCGGGGGCGGGGCCGCGCCCCCCCUCAACUCCAUCCCCUCUGUCACUCCCCCGCCCCCGGCCACCACCAACAGCACAAACCCCAGCCCUCAAGGCAGCCACUCGGCUAUCGGCUUGUCGGGCCUAAACCCCAGCACGGGAAGCACAAUGGUGGGGUUGAGCUCCGGGCUGAGUCCGGCCCUCAUGAGCAACAACCCUCUGGCCACGAUCCAAGCCCUGGCCUCUGGUGGAACCCUGCCUCUUACCAGCCUUGACAGCAGCGGAAACCUGGUGCUGGGGGCAGCCGGCGCGGCCCCAGGGAGCCCUGGCCUGGUGACCUCGCCGCUUUUCCUGAACCACGCGGGGCUGCCCCUGCUCAGCGCCCCGCCUGGCGUGGGCCUGGUCUCCGCAGCUGCUGCGGCCGUGGCGGCCUCCAUCUCCAGCAAGUCUCCUGGCCUCUCGUCAUCCUCAUCUUCAUCCUCCUCCUCCUCCACUUGCAGCGAGGGGGCAGCACAGACCCCUGGAGGCCCCGGGGGGCCCGAGGCGGGGUCCAAGUCCGAGUGAGGAACCCUGCCAGGCCUCCUCUCCUCCUUUGACCACCCACCCCUCAACCUCUUUGGGAAAUGGGCGAGGUGGCCGGUGGUGGGUCUGCCGAGAGUCCUCGGAGCCCUAGUGACAAGGGAGGAAAGACCAAAAAAAAAAAAGAAAAAGAACCCAACGAACCAAAAAGAGACAAGACAUCAACAAGAAAACCAAAAACAACCACAACAGAAACCAGCUGCCCCCAAAGGAACCAGAGGUGAAAACCAAAACCAAAAAAAAACAAACAAAAACCACAAAACCAAACAAACCAAAAACCAGUCAUGAGCCAGACCUCAGCGUGCUCACCCUCACCGCUACUACACCAAAUAUGAACCCCAGCCGGGCGCAGAAGCCUCGGCAGUUGGACCUCAGCCGAGCCGAGCCCUGGCUGUGGGACCAACCUCCUCACCUUGCCUCCCCCACUGAGGGCUGGAGAAGGAGAAAGAGAAUGUGCCAUCCUCCUAGCCCCAGCCCCCAGCCCUGGGCUGGCCAAGACAGACCCCCCCCAGGCCAGGGCAGGUGGGGUGGGCUCAGAACCACCUGCCAAACAUUCUUUUCUAGAAGGUGAAAGAUAAAGGGCCUGAACAACCUUACACCAAAUAUUCAGUAGCUUCAUCCAAAGGAUGUACAGAAUUUUUAGCGUUGCGCUCAACAGAAUGUGUCCCUACCAUGUGAUGUGUUCUCCUCUCCCCUAGCCCCAGCUCUCCCCCAUCUGGGUGGGGAGGUCUUGCUUUAACCUCCACCCUCCUCCAGCCAGGGGGAGAGUAGUGGAAGGCCUGGGAUGACUUUCCACCCCGGUACCUCCCCCUCUCCCUUUUGAAGGGUGGGCUAGGCCAUUUUUGCCAAGUUCUAGCUCUCACACAUCCCUCCUCCACCCUGUCACCCUCCUCUGCUCUGGAAUCUAACCCCCUCCUCAGCUCAGGGGAAGGUGGAACUUUCUGGCAAGAGGGGCUGAGGUGAGGGUAUUCAAGUUGUCUUUUUUUCCAUGCUCGUCUGUCAGUUUCCCUGAAAAAAAAAAAUUCAUAUUCCAGUGCCUAUCCGUGGGAUCCUUCCCGUUCUUUGACAUUGACCAGAAACCAAAAAGAGAACUCACCUCACUCUCCCCACCCCUGCCCCCUCCCUCCCCCUCCCCCACA